AUGUUAAGUUGGGACCGGGACUCGCCAGUGGAGACCGACCUCAUCAGAGGACCGGUUGGAACUGGCAAGCAGAAGCAGAAGUAUAGAGACCGACCUCGUCAGAGGAUCAGCCAGAACCGUCACUGGUCGGAAUGGUCACUGGGUGAAAACAUCACCCAGAAGUAUGAAGAGAACCGACCUCGUCAGAGGAUCAGUCAGAAUGGUCACUGGGUGAAAAAUAUCACCCAGAAGUAUGAAGACCGACCUCGUCAGAGGACCGGUUAA